AAAUAAAAUGAUUUGAACUAGUAAAAUGAAUGUAUCAAAUACGAUCCUAGAUUUUAGUAAACAUGCCUAACUCGAUCUCGACUAGACGUCAUUAAUAAAUAAGUCAAACUCAAACUCAGCUCGUAUAUUAACAAAUGGAGCUCAAGUUGAGCUAAAACUCGGUUCGAACCGGCUCAUUUGCAGUUUUAGGUACAACCCUAUAGGAUCAAUUAUAGCAUUAUGCAAUGUUGCAAGUUGCUUUACAAACACAUAGUAGGUAAUGUUAUCAGGUAGAUAAUGUUGAUCAAUAUUAAUUUUACAUAUUAGAUUAGAUAUGUUAUGAAUGAUCCUCUACAAAGUCUUCGUUUGUUUUUAAGGUUAUAUCCAUAAAAUCAAUAGGUUGAAUUGGCAAAAUUUACAGAUAGAUCAUUUAAUCUCGAGCCUGUGCUUAAAACAAAAGAUUUGAUAAAAUUAAAUGGUACAAGAAUUUGAAUUGGUAAUGUCGCAUGUCAUAAAAUUUCGGAAGGAGACAGACAAUACAAAUAACCAACUGCAAAAUGUAGAGCGUCUCUUUUUGAGCGAGCCACUGGAAUAUGAAUGCGAGUUCAAAUUGAAGGUUGGACUAAUGGACUUAAUGAUGAGCUCAAACAACUUGGCCUUCAGAAAUCACAACCGACAUGAGUAAGAUGAUCAGUUGGUAGAAGAGAAUAUAUAAUUUUCUAAUUUCUAAUUUCUUUAACAAAUCACAAAGCCGGUACCCCGCCGGUAGAAGAAUAUAUUGUAAAAUAAAAGCGUCCUUGCAAAAAACAAUAUCAGACAGCACAGAGAGUUGAGUUAACUGUACAACCUGUAAUGAAUAUUCCCACUGCCGAUUUCUAUUAAACUAAUCGUUUUUUCUUAAGUUUAUACAUUUAUAAUUACAGUGACAUUCUUACCUUAUGUGUCGAACAUUGAUUCGUCAUAUAUAUGUAUGACUAGCAAACUGGUUUAUUAUUUAAACAUUGAACUGAGGAAAAAAUAAUAAUAUUUCAAUGCUGGAAAUUAAGUCAGCACAUGACUGAAAGCAGGGAUGUAUGUACACAUUCUCAGAAUCCCAGUUUCCACACUAGCUAGCUUAGCUGGUUCUACUCGAAAUUAUAAGAUAAGUUUGGAAGUCAAUAGAAUUUGAUAAUCAUGACUAGCCAUACUCAAAACCAAAUUAAUGGUAAUCACGAUAAAAUCAAACUGAUUGGAUAUCAAGAACACGAUUUAAUCAAUAGGAUUAACUCAUAUGUCGGUACUGCAUAGUACUUAGUAAGGGUAAACAAUUAUGUACAUCCACAUUAACAGAAUAUAUAUAUAUGUUUGUUUGAUUAGAGCUAGCAACAUUUGUCAACAGUUCAGGGAGUCAGCGGAAAUGCACUUUAUUCGAAGUUGGAUCUAAUUGACACGACAAAUAGUAAAAUCUAAGAGCCGACUCUCAUACUGUGUUUGUUUAACUUGAUCACAGUUAGAUAAUGUAUCAACCGUAUAAAUUCAAACUAAUCAAAAUCAACAUAUUAGAUCCGAUAACUCAACAUUAUAUAUUUAUAAAUUUUAUGCAUCUAUCUAUCCCUAUCGAAGACCAACCUUCCUAAACUGCCAUGACAAUAAUGUAGAGGCAAGUUUUUCUUUCUUAUGGCAGGCCGGUUAUCCGGUUGUGCUUUACUUGGAAAGAAAAGAUAUGAUGAUGACGAAGAGAUAAUAAAUCAAUAACUGAUCUCCCCAAUAAUCUUUAGUUUCUGUUUCCCCCUUUGUAUUCUGGUAUUAAUAAACACAUAAAAGGAGAGGCAGUUGGUUAGGUGGUACAUGAAAAAAAGAUGAUUACUAUUUUCGCUCCCUAAAAAAAUUAUCUUGUUUCCAUAAUUAAUACCAUUCGACAGGCUGUUCUUCUUUUUGUUUUCUGCCACAAUUCCAUGCUUGACGGUGGUCAUGAAACAGAAUAAGAGAAACAAGCAUUAAUAAUAGCCAUUUUGGAGCCAACUCUCAUCUAGCGAGUUCCAAUUUUUAAGAGAAAUCAUCAAGUGAAUGUAUAUAGAAAAUGAUACUCAACAAAUUUAUGAAAUAUGCCAUUCUUGAACUUUUAACAUCGGCAUCUUUUGAUAUGUUUACAAUUCAGUAUUCGAUCAUCAUACGUAGAGUGUAAUAGCUGGUCAUAAUGCUUCAUGUCAUUUGACUUAUCUAUAGAUGUGCUUAAUCACUAACCACGAGUCGACCUAACUAGCAACAUAUUUGAACAAAAUUUCUUAUACCAAGAUUCAGGAUCUGUGAACGAUGUAGCAAAUAUAUAGGUUUGUUUGUUAAUUUGACUAUAAAAACAGUUUUUUUCUUUCAAUCAAACAACAAAUACUAGAGGAAAAAAUAAAUUAAUCAUCACAUGAUUAAGGUUAGUUGGAGAGUCCUCCAAUUUCUCUGGAAUGGCAUUACCAGUACCUUAAAGCAAGGCACCCUCACAAAUAUCAUGAACUCAUCCCAUCACGAAAACCACAUUUCCCUGAUUCUUCAACCUACUAAUGGAAAAAUAUUCACCCAACUCAAUGUUUUCCUCAUGUAUAUAAUGAUGGUCCAAACCCCAAAAUACACACACAAAAACAACAAGCAUUAACCACAUAAAUUGUGUCACAAAUUAAACAAAGCCAAUGGCUACCAACCCAAUGGUCACUUACAUAUGCAAGCGAACCGUGGUGAGCACGAAACCGGUCCAACCAGGGAAGCGCCACUCACUUUCCGUCCUGGACCGGGUCAUGGGAGACAAUCACCUGAAGAUGGUGUACUAUCUGAAGGAUACUACUACUCCUAACAAGUACUACGAGCCAGGCGAGAUCACCAAAAUGUUGAGGGAGUCGAUAUCCGAGACACUCACGUUUUUCCCUAUCAUAACGGGGAGGCUGGUGAAGGAGGAAGACGGGAGGACUUGGAUGAUAAAGUGCAACGAUGCAGGGGUGAGAAUGGUGGAGGCUCGAGCACAAGGGAGUGUGGAUGAAUGGCUCAGUAAUGUUGAUAGAGAAAGGGAGAUGAAGCUUGUCCAUUGGGAGGAGAUGUUCCAUAAACCUUACUUUUGGUCCACUUUCUAUGUUCAGCUAACAGAGUUUGAAGGUGGGGGUGUGGCAAUAGGGUUGAGUUGCUAUCACCUUUUGGCCGAUCCGGUUUGUGCAACUAUGUUCAUCAAGGCAUGGGCUGACAUAGCUUUCCUAGUCAAAAUGCAACAUCCACCAUUUUUUCACCCUUUGCCUAUCCCAAAGCUCAUUCACAACCCUAGUAUCUCCCACAUUAGUAAAACCAAUGACUUGAUUGAACAAUACAAGGCUACCAUUAAUAACUCUGUUGUGACCGUUGAUCAAAAUGUCGAGCUGAUCACAAGCCACGUGGCCACUCUUUCCUUCUCAUUCACGGGCUCCAUGGUGCAAUCCUGCAUGGCCAUGGCUCAGACAGGGUCGAACCAGAUGCAAGCAUCACCAUUCGAGGUGUUAUCAGGUCUCUUUUGGUUGUGUCUGAGUGAAGUGAAGAAGGAGGGCGAUGGGUUAGUGGACAUGUCCAUAUGCUUGGAUGCUAGAAAGGCAUUGGGAUUGGAUAGUGGAUUUUUUGGUAAUUGCAUGAUACACAAUCGAGUUCAAUGUUCAAGUCAUGAACCUCCCUCGAUAUCAUCAUUGCCUAGUGCGGUCAUGGCCAUAAGAGAAGCUGCAGGGGAGAUAACGAACUCAAACUCAGUAAUGGGCUUAAUCGAGUGGCUAAGAUGCAAAGACGACCUUGAUAAUGAUGGUGCAUAUCAAAAGGAGUCCCCUUCCCCAAUCAAUCAUGGCAAUUGUGAGAUGGUUUGUAUUGGGUUGGAUGGAGUAGACCCAUACUCUGCUAGGUUCGAGGAUGGGUUGGCGCCGAUUAGGGUUUCAACCUAUGUCGAACCAGUUGGUGAGAAAUGGCAGGUUUUGAUUCUCCCUGCGCCAAUGGCUUCCACCGGUGGAGGUUAUCAGAGCGGACAACCAGACAGAGUGGUGAUGGUUACGAUUCCAAAAGAGUUUGUGGGAAGUUUGUGUAGAAAUGAACUUAUUCAAGACUUAUGUCCGGAUAUUGUAAUGGGUAUGAAUGAUGCAGUAUCUAGUCCAAACUGUAGAAUAGCCGUGUGACAUAACAGAAGUUGAAAAUAGAAACAAAUAAAUCAAAUAAUAAUGUUACGUUACAAAAAAAAAAAGGCAAGAAAAUAUGCAAGUUCAUGAAAAAUAAAAUUCUUACUUCUUUGCUCUAGUAAAAGUGUGUGCAUACAUAUGCAAUCUUUACAACAAAAUCAGGAUUCACCAACAAAUAAAAAUAUCAAUCUCUCCUAAGAAUUCUAGGAUCAAUCUUUUAUCUCCGCAUUCCAACAUCGCCACAACUAUUCUGACUCAUCGAUUAUUCUUCUAUACCAAGUGGAAAGAAAAGUUGUUUUUGAUGGAGGACGUAACGUACGUAGGGAAUUUUAAUGAGUCAGCUAAUUAAGCUUUGGGAGAAGGGAGAGAGCUGGCAAACGUCAAAUCGAUCCUCCUCGAUCUUCUUCUUCCAAACACAUAUAUAAUGACGACGACGGUGCCGUACAGUCAAUCGUACAGAACGACAGAUGAAUUGAGUAGUAGUCCCCACCUACCAAUACUUUAAUGGUUACUAACUUCUACUCCCAGCUGCCAUUGUUUUCUUUCUUUCUUUCUUUCCUUCUUUCUUUCUUUUUCCUUGGCUCCUAAAAGCUUUUAUUCCAUGAACAAGAAGCAUAAAGGCGUUAUAAACUAGAAAUCCAAGCCAAAAACGCAAGCAAAUAAAACGUUAAACACGAC